AUGGACGAAGUGGCCUUUCCAGCCAUCGACCGGGCGAAGCGCAGAUUCCUCAAGCGUACGGCGCCGCUUCGAUUCAACAGACGACACCAUAGCGGCGCCGGCCCGAGUGACAGCAGCGAACCGAAUGACAGCGACGCUGGUGCGCUCUUGCGCUCCCUCUACGAGGCACUCGACGCCGAUCUCGCGGGCCGAUAUGCGCUACCCGUCAUUGACGUGCCGGCACUUGACGCUAGCUACGCGGAGCUGCUUGUACUUCUCGACGCACCCAUCGCACUGCCUGAGCUUGAGUCGUGUGUCGUCGCAGCGCCAUCUCCGAGUACCAACACGGAGAACAUGAUUUUACGAUCAGCAACGACACAAACACCGUCGCCAGCGCAGUGCGCAGCGCGAAUCCAGCGGCGAUUCCGACGCUAUCUCGCUUCGGCGUUGUUUCGCGGCGGUCGCGCCCAGUGGCAACGAUAUGUCCAGUUCCAGCGCCGGCCACGCAGCCCCGCCUUCACGCCACGUGGUCUCUGGAGUGCGUGGCAGCGCUACGUCGCUGAGCGAAGACAGUGGCAAGGACGCGCCUCUGAAAGCGUCGUUGAGUCGAGAGAUGACGUUUUAGCCCGGCGCGCCGCCAUCAAGGCGCUGGACGGCGUCUACGGCAUGGCUAAAGCCCACGACAGUCGCCAGCGCCAACGACGCACGUUCAGCGCGUGGGUGCGAUGGAUCGCCAUACGACCGUGCGAUCGGAACUAG